AUGUCUUUCAUUUUUUGCUUCCAAGCUGCGCUUGAGUUAAUCUUUCUCUGCUGUGCUUUUUUUCAUUACUUCGUUUGUCUACCACCAAAACACCCUCAGAAUAUCCCGGCGGUACCAUUCUGGGUGGUUCUAAUACCCUUCUUCAAAGAUGUCGAUCAAACAGACACUUAUCAUAAGUACCUAGAAAAGCCGUUGAGAGAGUAUGGAGCUGCCAAGAUCUUCUUUGGAGCUCGUUGGAACAUCAUCGUUCAGGAUUCAGCGUACCUCGCUGAGAUAUUUAGAGAUGAAGAGGUUUUUCAAAAGACUGGAAACCAGAAGAAAAUCCCCCACGCUGUCGUCGCUCAAUUUCUUGGUGAGCAACGCUUCCUCACUUGACUUUUCACCUGCUGAUUGUUGAAGGCGACAAUAUAAUCUCUGCACGAGGAGAGAACCACAAGCUAUACAAAAGUAUUAUUCGUCCUGGUUUGCAGAGAAAUUUUGAUUCGGAGUUAGAGUUGCUCUUCUCCAAUGCUGCUUUACUCUGCAAACUGUUGGGGGAUUCACAACGUGCUGUUGGAAGAAAUGGUAUCCCCGUUCAGGGGCUGCUGCAACGGUACACUAUUGCAAACAUAUCUCAAUGCCUUCUCCAAACGGAUUUCCAAGUAAGCAAGUAAGCUAAGCAUAUGUUCACAGAAGCUCUCAGCUCACAAUAUCAUUUUAGACCCUUUCGGAUCCAAAUGCAAAACUCAACGUACUUCAAUCAGCCGUGAAGGGUCAGAUAUUUCAACCGAUUUUCAUGAAUUUUCCUUUCCUAGAUCGCCUACCUAUUCCUAGUCGUAUCAAAGCUAGGGAGCUUGUUGAGAGCUUCUCUCAAGAACUUGAUCGUACACUGACCAAGAGCCAUGAAGGCACAACCCCUUCAUUAAGCUCUGAUAAGCUCGGAAUCAGGCUACUUGCAGCUCGAAACGAAGGUCUCAUCGAUGACAAGCAGCUCCACGAUAACUUGAAUGUGACUUUCGUCGCAGGGCAAGAGAAUCCCCAGCUAUUGUUGACUUCGAUCAUGUAUCUGCUGGCCAAAUAUCCUGUAAGUAGAUCUUAGAUUUCAUCCAACAGUACUGACAUCAAUGCAGCACAUCCAAAAUCGAGUAAGAGCCGAAACAAGUCAUAUAGAUCUCAACACGGUAACCGUGGCAGCUCUAACCGAAAUCCCCUACCUAACCUCGACAAUCUACGAAGCCCUUCGUCUCUUCCCUCCUAUUUCUCAACUGAUCAAUCGUCGCACAUCCACACCUGUUCUUCUCGGUUCAAAGAUCAUCAUUCCCGAGAACACAUUCGUAGGCUAUAACGCCUACUCCACCAACCGGUCUUCCAGAACGUGGGGCCCCGACGCAAACGAAUGUGUCCCUGAAAGGUGGGGCAUCACAAGCGAGGAGAUCAGUAAAAGAUACAGGAAAGCAACAGCGAGAGCAGAGUUCAUCUCAUUCCACGGAGGCUCUCGAGCAUGCUUGGGAGAGAAGUUCGCGAUGUUGGAGACAAGGGUCAGUAUUGCGUACUUGGUGAGAGGGUUUGAAUGGGGCCUUGAUCCAGAGUGGACCGAGAGGAUGACACCUGUGAGCUUUCUCCACCAUUUUCCUCGGCUUUAUGGAUCUAGUGAUCCA